UUGGGGCCGGCCUUUGACGUCAUCAUCUGUUUAGAUUUGUGAAGUGCCACUGGUGGAGUUUUCCGCCAACCUCUUCUGGUGUCUGUGUGUGAAUGCCGCACUUAUGAAAUAGCACGCUACAAACACUACCCUGUAACGUAACGGUUCUACGGACGAGGAGGAGACGCGUUCGCGUUCGGGCUGAAUCUCCUGAGUGGUGUCCUUUCCGCAUGUCUGAACGUGACGGUCACCUGCACUUGGAUUUACACUAGGAUAUCUCCAUAGUUAGCUAGCUAGUCGGCUUCCUGACUGUACGCAAAGGUGAACUUUACGACCCGUUCUUCGGUCAUGUGACCAGCCGCGAGCGGACGGGUGAUUCAUUAUUGGCCGCAUACUGACCAGAGAGAGAGAGAGAGAGACAGAGUCCCGGUGGACGAGCGAGAGAGAGAGAGAGAGAGAGAGAGAGAGAGAAGAAGCGGAGUGCGAGACUCCGAAGAGAGCGGUCGGACGAGCGCAGAGGGGACAUGGGCGUGGGGAAGAACACCAUGUCCAAAUCUUUGGACUCCGCGGGGGACGCAGAGAAAUACGAGGAGGACACCAAGAACGGAGAGGACUUUUACCCGAUUCCUGUGGCGGGUAAUGGGGAGGCCCAGUCCAGCCCAGACCAGGACGCCGAGGACACAGAACUCAUGGCCAUAUACGCCAAGGAGAGCCAGGCGGCAAAGAGGAGUUCCUUCUCUGAGACGGUGGACAGUGCAGAUGAUCUCGAUGCUCAGCGAAUGGACAUGAUCUACACCAUCGAGGACACGCCUCCCUGGUACCUCUGUCUAUUCCUGGGCCUGCAGCACUACCUGACGUGUUUCAGUGGCACCAUCGCGGUGCCCUUCCUGCUGGCAGAGGCCAUGUGCGUGGGCUUUGACCAGUGGGCCACCAGCCAGCUCAUUGGCACCAUCUUCUUCUGCGUGGGCAUCACCACCCUGCUGCAGACCACACUGGGCUGCCGCCUCCCCCUGUUCCAGGCCAGUGCUUUUGCAUUUCUGGCUCCUGCUCGUGCCAUCCUGUCCCUGGAUAAGUGGAAAUGUAACGCCACAGCUGUCCCGGAGUUCAACAGCACAGAGCUGUUACACACCGAGCACAUUUGGUAUCCACGGAUACGGGAGAUCCAGGGGGCCAUCAUCGUGUCGUCCCUGAUCGAGGUGUGCAUCGGGGCCCUGGGGCUCCCCGGGGUGCUGCUCAAAUACAUCGGCCCCCUCACCAUCACCCCCACCGUGGCCCUCAUCGGCCUCUCUGGCUUCCAGGCUGCUGGGGAGAGAGCAGGGAAGCACUGGGGAAUCGCCAUGCUGACCAUCUUCCUGGUGCUGCUGUUCUCCCAGUACGCGCGCAACGUGCAGCUGCCGCUCCCCGUCUACAAGUCCAAGAAGGGCUGGACCUCCUACCGCCUGCAGCUCUUCAAGAUGUUUCCGAUAAUCAUGGCGAUCCUGGUGUCAUGGCUGCUGUGCUUCAUCUUCACGGUGACGGACAUCUUCCCCCCGCAGAAGGACCAGUACGGGUUCUACGCCCGCACCGACGCGCGCCAGGGCAUCCUCUCCGCGGCCCCCUGGUUCAAGGUCCCCUACCCCUUUCAGUGGGGCCUGCCCACCGUGUCGGCAGCGGGAGUGAUCGGCAUGAUGAGUGCGGUGGUGAGCAGCAUCAUCGAGUCCAUUGGAGACUACUACGCCUGCGCCCGCCUCUCUGGCGCCCCCCCGCCACCCAUACAUGCUAUUAACAGGGGGAUCUUCAUAGAGGGCCUGUCCUGCGUGCUGGACGGCGUGUUUGGGACGGGGAACGGCUCCACAUCCUCCAGCCCCAACAUCGGGGUGCUGGGAAUCACCAAGGUGGGCAGCAGGCGGGUGAUCCAGUACGGGGCGGCGCUCAUGCUGCUGCUGGGCCUGGUGGGGAAGUUCAGCGCCCUGUUCGCCUCGCUCCCGGACCCCGUGCUGGGGGCGCUCUUCUGCACCCUGUUCGGCAUGAUCACCGCCGUGGGCCUCUCCAACCUGCAGUUCAUCGACCUCAACUCCUCCCGCAACCUCUUCGUCCUGGGCUUCUCCAUCUUCUUCGGCCUCAUGCUGCCCAGCUACCUGAGGCAGAACCCCCUGGUCACAGGCAUUGUCAGUAUUGACCAAGUGCUGAAUGUGCUCCUGACGACGGCCAUGUUUGUUGGGGGCUCGGUGGCGUUCAUUUUGGAUAACACUAUUCCAGGCACUCCAGAGGAGCGUGGUAUCAGGAAACUGAAGCUGGGCUCGGGUCCUGGGGGGGGGGAGCUCGAGAGCCUGCGCUCCUACGACCUGCCGUUCGGCAUGGACUUCCUGCGCAGGCACCGCCUCUUCCAGUACCUCCCCAUCAGCCCCACCUUCACGGGAUACCGCUGGAGGGGAGCAAGGGGGGCGUGCCGCAGGGGGAUGGGGAGGGGCGGAGGGGGAGAGGGAGGGGGCGGGGCGUGCAGUGGGGACGAGAGCAGCGUAUAG